CUAAAGCGCCAGUAUCGCAUAAUAGAGAACGACCGGGCGGUUUACGUGGAGGACGCGAGGAAUCAGCUGCGUAACCAAAACCACAUAAUCGACAAGCUCGAGACGGAGAAGGCGGAACUCGUGCUUGCCAUCAAAGCUGCCAAAUCGUCGGGAAACGUACGUAAGGACGAGGUUCUUAGCGCCGAGCUCAAGACCAUACUCGACAAGCGCUCUCACUUCAUCGAGCAAAUUAAAAUAGAACGACAGCAGAUCGCCGAGAUACAAGAGCAGUUCAUUAAGCUCGGAAAGGAGGUCAGUGGCUUGAAGUUGAAAGUGUUCACGGAACAUCAACAAAAAGAGAAGAAAGAGAAGAACGAACGAUUGAUAUCAGUAUUGGAGAAUCGAUUGGAGGUGGCGACAACGCGCUUCAAUAUCCUCGUGAACGAGAACAGCAAGCUUCGCCAGGACAUCGAUGACCUCCUCGAGGAGCGUGGACAGUUCAACAUCCUCUGGACGCGGCUCAGCAAUCAGUUGAACAGCGGCAAGCGAGUCAUCAACGACCUAAUCGAGCAGGCCACAAUCACCUUCAAUCAGCGCGACGAGGAGAUUAACAAAAUCAACGGGCUCAAGGAGCGAGGACUGAGAGACUUACACCACCAUACAAUAGAAAUGUGCGAAAUGCAGCGAACUAUUGAUAAUGAAAUGAAAUUACAAGAGUUUCUCGGUGUGAAGGGCCAAUAUCGAAAGAUGAACGAUCUCGACGAUAAGAAAAAAGCAGAAAAGGAAUUAAAACGCCAGGAAAUGCGCAACAAAAUAGGAGUUUACAAUGAAAUAUUAGCACUCGUUAGACAAUUUACUGGCGAAAAGGUGAUAGACAAAUUGACGCAACAAUUCUUGAAGCAGGAAGAAGAAAAUUUCGCCCUCUUCAGCUACGUCAAUGAGUUGAAUGACGAAUUGGAGGGGCUUCAAACUCGCGUUGCGCAAUUACGAACUUCGAUAGACGAAGCGCGUAAAUUAAAUGUUCAUCGAGGGGAAGAACAAGCUGAAACCUUAAAGACCAUUGCUAGUGAGCUGGAAAAGCAAACCAAUGAGGCGAAUGCAACGGAGAAGAAAUUACACGAGGCAAACGCGGUAAUGGAUAGUCUGCUGCGCGGCAUCGAUAUGCUCUUCCACACGACGCACUGCGACAAAUCUCCGAUUCUCGAGCUCCUUGGUAACAACAGCACCGUCAACGUUGAGAACGUGAUGCUGUACCUUGGCAUCAUCGAAAAACGUAUCAACGAAAUGCUAAACAAGGUGUUCUGGAUUGAUCGAAUGCGCCGACAGGAACUGCGCAUCGACGAGAGUAAGAAGCCGAAGCUUCAGAUUCCCGAGAUCUCCAAUAUCGCGCCCACCCAACCUUGUGCUUUAUGUAUUGAGAAAGAAGAGCUGGAAAACGUAUCCGAAGGCUUGGAGAUACCCCUCACUCUCAACGAAGUGAAAAACAAAUUAGAAUUGAGGCUACAACAUGACCAUUCGAAUCUUUUACACAAUGUAUCCGGUUGCCACUUGCCCGCUUCACGAAAAAUCAUUCAAAAACGUUAUCAAUAACUGUACAAAUAAAAUAGCCUACCUCGUUGUUCUAUAA